UUGUACGUUCUACAUUCUGAUCCGAGGAUCAGCUGGAGGCAGCAAUAAACAGAGGCCAAAUCUGCAGCGGAAAAAAAAACUGAAGGGAGGACAGGAUAGAAAAAAAGAGCUGCAGAUGUUAUGAUCUGAAACGUCAGUGUAAAAAAAAGAUUUUUACACGAAGCCCUUCUUCUGAGAAGAAAGCCUUUUAUUUUUGUAUAACGGUGUUUUUGAUCUACCUCACUUUAAAGGCUAUCUAAAGCUAUGCUUUAAGAAUUGUUGUCGUUUCUACUGUGUGUGAGAUCUCGUUUACAACUUGAAUAACAUUGCGAAGGCAGGCCUUUGCUCCAAACCAAGUGAAACCUUACAUUUGCACUACACAAGCCUGUCCACUCCCGUUUGUAGAAACCGAGAUCCAGCAAAGGGCUUCAAAAGAGAAAAAGACUCAAAAGAUCAGACAAAGCAUUGCAUAAAAGCGCAACAAGCGUUUACGUCAUCACAAAUAAGAAAUUCAAAUAGGCAGCUAAAGCUUUUUUUUUUGUGGACAACCAAUCGCACCUGGCAGCACCUGCAGUCAUGUUUCAGCGUCUGAGCAGCCUGUUGUUCGGGGAGGUGGAGGAGGUCGCGGCUGAACUGAAGGGACCCAACCCCUGCGUGACGGAGGCUGACGAGGAGGGAUGGAUGCUCGUCAAUCUGCCUGAAGGGUCUGACAGCAUGCUGCAGGCAGAGGAUGAGACGGGACAUCCGCUGAUUGCACAAUCAUCCCCCGACAGUAACCUAUCACAUCAUCAAGACACACAUGCAAGGACUGAAUUCCCCAUUCCCCAGCCGCCUCACAAGCGCCGUAGGACACAUAAAGGUCAGGCACGAAUUGCACUAGCAACAUCAGACCCCCUGUCUUGCCCUAGCGCUAGCCCAUCAGACUCGGGUGCCAUUACACCCGUGACCCUGCCAAGGCGGGCCAGACUGUCCACGCCCUCCUCCACCCCGUCGAUGUCCCCUGGCUCUGGGAGUGAGUGUGGGGGCAGUGGGGGUAGCAGUAGGGCAGGCUCAGAGAGAGGCUGCAUGGAUGAGAGCUGGUUUGUCACCCCUCCCCCCUGUUUCACUGCAGAGGGAGCAACAGCAGAGGCCAGCCCGAUGGAGGACCUUCUCAUCGAGCACCCCAGCAUGUCUGUGUACGUCUCGCCAAACAACUUAUCCAUGGUCUCCAACAGCAACCUGUCUGUGGUGGGAGAGGAAAGCCUCGUCGGCCAGGCGAGCAGCAUGAGCAGAGUGACUGAACCAGCUGCUGCCGCCGCCAUCCGCAGCACUAUCCCCACCAGGGUGAGCCGUGGAGCAGCUGCCCAGGCCGGGGCCCUGGCCAAGGUCACCCAAGUGGCCAGGGUCCAGCGUGGCAAGGCUCGCAUCGAGAGGCGCCAUCUGGGACGCAACCGCAUCCAACGCCAAAACCGCACCAGGGAGCAAGUCCCUCGCCACGCAGCGCACGCCAGAAACACCUUACUUCACCAGCCCAGCAAGCGUAACGUCUGCCACUAAGCUCCUGAGCAAGCAGGGGGCAUCGUUCAACCUGAGGGCAUUAGACACACAUUAUUAAAUAUAUAUUGACCCCACAUCAUAUUUGCUUUCAUUUCCGCACAUUAUAUCAUGAUAAAUCAAAUACAAACAUUAGCUCCUAUGUUUUGGUUUACACACAAACUGGCUCCACCUGGUAGUUGUAUGCCCCGUUCUGCUGUUAUGAACCAAGCCCUCCGAGUUCAUCUGUGUAGAUCUUUAUUGCAUUAUACAUUUUGUCCGUUGCAGUAUCUAAACAACUUUAAAAAAGUCUUCAAAAAAUAUUUACAAAGGUUGUACUUAGUAAAAAUAAUGUCUGAAAAACAGCACAAAAAAAAUGUAGCUCUAUUAAUUUUUUCUUUCCUGUCUUGGUAAAAAUAUUCUCCUUUCUUCGACUCUUCCUCAAGGCAUGUUAUUAUUAUUUUUUCAAAUCAGCCAUUACAUUAACUCCAAAGUACUUGAGGAGAUAAUGAUAUGUAAUUGAAACAACCAAGUGUACUUUACUCUUCGAUGGAGGAACAGACCUUUCUGCUGGAAUCCUUGUAGGAUAGAGACAAGUUGAGUUUUAGCAUAUUUUCAGCGAAAAACGACACAUCAUGUCCUCAAUGUUUUAAUUCUUGCAAAAUAAAACUUUAAUUUUAUUCAGAAGAGGUGGAGAGAUAUACCGUGCUUGGCGAGAGUUAGGGGAAGUUCACUCUGACAUUUGUUUCCCUCAAUUUUGCAAAUUGACAGAUGAAGGCGCGGCAACAUGUGGCCACCCAAUUUCAUCACAGGAAACAAAUGUUGUGAGAUUCCUCUCCUCUCGCUUUUGGUGGAAGGUGGAGAGCAAGUAGACGAUGGCGAAAGAAGGAGCAAAGCAGACUAAAGAGUCAAAUAAAUUACGGGAAGAAUUAGAGCUAGGUAGCAUUAAAAAAAAGAGGUGAUUGAUACGAAAUGGUCGUAGGAAAGUGUUAUGUAACCCUCAGAGCAGCCAGUGAAUUUCAACAAGUUGAAUUCAACAUCAACACUGCUGCAGAGCAUUUCGGAAAUGACUCUUGUUUUUAUGUUUCUCUUGAUAAUGAUCGUCGUUUUUGUACAGAUGAAAAUUUGUGCAACAGGUGGCCAUAAUAUCAUUAUUGAGAAGAAUUAGACAUGCAGUGAAAAGAUGCAGGGGCUUGCCUUGGGGUUACAGGGUAUGGCAGGUUACAGUAAGUAAAGAGCGGUAUCGAUGGCAACUCUUUAUUUUGUUUUGUUUCUCUUUUUUCUCCUCAUUUUAUCUUUGUAAGGUUAUAUUAUUUUAUAGUCUCUAUUUCUCGGUGUGGUUCCAGCAAAGAAAGAAAAGAAAGUCUGUUCCUGCCGGACAAAGACUAAAUACAACGCUUGGCUUGUGAAGCCGACAAAUUCUAAAUAACUACACAGCAUGGCAAUCAUUAAAUGUUUUGUCUGUGAACUAAAGCAAUGUGCCCGGCACACGCGUUCACCCACAGUGUGUGCUGUGUUAGCCACAGAAAGAAAGUACCAUCUAUACACAUAAAUCCCUUUCAUAAAAUAUAAUGAAGUCUCUGACUUUCAAGAAGGCACUUGUUGGGAAAAAGAAAGGGAGAAACUAUCUCCUUAAAGCCCAACAACAGGCAUCUAUCGUCCCCUACAUCCUGCUUAUGGGCCUGCAUCACAUUUAUUCAACCUCCCCGCCGUUACUGUCCAUCCCUCUCUCGUUUGCACAUCCAGCUCUAACAGUGUCCACUUACAGAUCUAGCUAACUGAUAUGUGUUCAACAACAAUAGUAAACAAUGGUGCUGAAGUGUAUGCUAAUGUUUGUAAAUUAUUUGAGACAUGGAUGUAAGUUUGCACUGUCAUUCAUUUCUGUGAGUCAAAGUUAUAGCGGUGUGCCGUGUGCUUGUUUUUUGUUUUUUAUUUGAGGAUUUUGUUUUUUUUCUCUUCUUUUCAUUUUGAUUCAAACUGUGUGUGAAGAGGUGUACUGACACGUAAACUGCUAGAAACUCUACAAAAAAAGGACAUGAAUAAUGAUCGUUUUUAUUUAUCUUGUAAAUAUUAAAAACAGAAAAAAAAAGAAUUAUAACGCUUCGUUAGAUGUCAAAGCCUCUCAGGAUCUGAGUCAUUGUGUCCGAUGGGACCGAUGAGAAUCCUCUCUCUGCUCAUUAACAAACCAGGAGGGCGACUCAGUGGCCAAAUGUGGUGGUUUCACCCCAGUGUCAGUGUCAGCCAGUUGAGAUGCACCAUACACAAACAGCACGAGACUCAGAGCUGAUGCGCCAUACAAAACACUACCCUCCAGAGGGUUCACUUAGCACUGCAUCUGCUGUAUGGCCGCUGGUGAGGACACAGAACAAUGACAUGAUUUUAUUACAAUCCGAGAGUCUGGGGUAUUUGUUUGUUUGGGGUGCUGGGAAAAUGGAAACGUCUUUUCUCGUUAAGAUCAUCUAGAUAAAAAAGAUAAUUUUUCCCCCCCAAGAUAUAUAUAACACAAGAUAUAUAUAACACCCAUUUUUUCAUUUCUGCCAAUAUUCCUUUUAAAUGUCUCUGUUAAUUUAUAGUAUAAUUAUGAAAUUAUGUAUCCUGUUUAUUCCACUGAACAGUGAAGGGAAUGCAUCUGAGGUGAUGAGUCUGUGUACACACACACACAAACACACAGACAUACAUGCACACACAUAGCGAUCUGUUUGCUAGGGUUCCUCACAUCUUUGGAGCUCGCUAUUCUAACUGUGCCUAAGAGGUUGAUUUUUGUUCCUGUGUUGUCAAAAUAAAAGUCGGUACAGAGUGAAAACAGGGUAAUAACAAUGAGAGAGCCCCUGUGGAUGUGUGAGUGUGUGUAUGUACGAAAUAUAUCACCACAGAUACCUCUGCCGCUGCAAUCCUGUCAUGUUUUCCUCAAUUUGUAUUUCUUCCCUUUCUCACCAGUGUCAUGUAAAAAUGGCAAAAGUGUUGUCAGUAUGCUUUGUGUGAUUUUUGAAAAUGUGUGGCCAUCCAAUAAUGGGGAGAGAUAGUGGUCACCCAAUGUGGGGAGACGCUACAUUACAUGGAAGAUGUGGUCAGGGAGAGGACGAGGCAGGAGACAAAUAGUUUAUAUAUUUAAGAAAAAGUGAAAUUAAGUGUAUCAGAAAAAAUACAAUAGAAUAUGCUUGUAUUUUCCCAUAUAGGUAUUAGAACAGUCGUUCACCAAAAGGAUGUUUUAAAUGAAAGCCGUUGAAUGUCUGGGGAGUUUCAUAUGUUUUAUGUUGUGCCCUGAAAUGAUGGCAGCUUAAACACACUUGGGGUUUUGCCCGUGUUACAUCUCAAUUAGUACACCCACCUCCCCCCAUUAAACAAUGAAAUAUAUAAACAUAUAAAAUUUGGCGUAUCUGAAAUCUAUGGUGAUUGUGCCUUUCACCAUCUCUGCAUGGUUUUUGUGAUGUACUGAGUUUUCCAUCCCUUAAGUGGGCAGUCGUCCACUGACAGGCCAGACUAUGCAAAAAGUCAUCGGAUGGCUUUUCCAACAUCCAUCCAGAGAACACAGGUAACCGCCAUAAAGAAAAAAAAAGAAAAAAAAAGAUCAAUAAAUACUCAGGUUGA